AUGGAGGAACUACGGAAGUUAGCGUCCACAGUUAAUCAUGAGAAAUUCAUUAACCUCUACAAAUAUAGAAUCAAUACGUACAAAUGUGCUCCUUGUAAAAGAAGAACACAGGGUCCCCUGGAAGUGCUUGCUCAUUACUUAUCGAGCCGCCAUUAUAACAGGGUUCGAAGACGUGGAUUCCGGGCCACCAUGAGCGAUAUCGACUUAUGGAGAUCUCAAAUUCUGGCUGCAGUAUGA